AUGGCACUCACACAGCAGAGAGCUACAACAGCAGAGUAUUUAACACAGAAUCCACCACACAACCUAACCACGCGCUGGGAGCGUAUUUAUCAGCAGACCGAAGACCAGAGCAUCGCCUGCCUUCCUGCCACAAUGAGCGAUGACGCGGCACACGGCACAGCCGCCACCAAGGUGUUGCUCUAAUCGGUUAUCGUGUGGAAGGAGCCCCCUGUGCUCCGAUCUACGGCACACUCAUAAUACGUGGUGGUGCAAAGGACAAGUGCGUGACAGCGAGGCCUCUAUGGACGCUGCUGUUGCAGCGCAAACAAAGCCCGCACACAGCGUGAACGGCGUGAACAGGGAAAUGAGAAAAAGUUCAUAGUGCGGCGAAAUCUCGAAAUCUCGACACAGUCUCGCGUCCGCUGAUUGGCUGGGUUUGUUGAUGUCAUCUGGCCCGAAGAUCUCUCGGCUCUUUGUGGAAAGCGCACGCCCCACGCCCACGCCCCCGCCACGUCCUCUCACUCUGUUUUCCUCCCCCACAUCUCCUCAACACCUUACUCUUUUCACUACUUCCACCUCACAUCAAGAUGAAGUCCUGCGUUGUAGCCGCUGCCUGCGUGGCCGGAGCCCAAGCCUUCGUGGCACCCAGGUGAGAACAACCGACGACAGAGGGAGACAGAGAUUCGGCGCACGAUUUCGUCGAGGUCAUGGCCAUAAAGUAGGCAGCUGUCCUUUGGUGUUUUGGCACGUCUUGUCACAUGCGCGGCAAGGGCACGUUGCGGUGUGCUCCCACUCCUCACGGAAGAUCAUAAAUGCGCGCCACAUGUUGUGCGCACCCGUGCCUGCGUGUGUCAGCUUGUUUUCUGCACUGCCGUACGUAGUGCAGCGCGAAGCCGCGCUGGUCAUUUCUCUCGGGAACCGCAUACAAGAACUAUGCUGUCGGUUACCUUUCGUGUUGCACAUGAAAUCUUGAGAAAGGUUAAGGAGUCAACAAAUGCGUUGGUCUCUUCCUUUCGGCACAACGAUGCCUCUCGCACAGCCGAGGUUGUCUUCGCACGCGCAUACAGCGGGGAACAACGCAGGUUCGUGCGGUGUUUGUUUCGUGGGCGCACGCGCGCUGAUUCGUUCUUUGUUGGCUGUAUUUCACAACCUUCAUCACGAAGACAUGCCGAAAUCUGCGCCUUUUUCUAACUUCGGUACCUCAGCAUUUCGCGUAGCGUCGGCUGUCAAUGCCUUGAAGUGCCUCGUCCUCAACAGCACGCUUGUCGUCUUGAUGAGGACCUGUGUGUGGAGUUGCUAACAGAGUAAAUAGAGUCGUCAUCUGCAGCUCGCCGUUUUGUCGGGGGGGCUUUGAUUAAGAGAACGAUCGGAACGAAAACAAUGCGCUGCCUUCAUGAACCACGUCGCCCUCGUCCCGUCAGACAAAUUUAGCCGUGUCCGUAUGGCGACUGAACGAGUGCGCCUCACACCUUUCUCUAGUACAAGUUCGUAAGUGUUCGAUCAAGAUGGCCGUCGUUUUGUCGAGUGGCGUGGCAGAUACGAGCAGCGGUGUCCGUCGCCCCAUGAACCGAUGUGUGUCUCCACAAACCUCCGACUUGGACUGCUUGGUCCUUUCGCCGCGCUCAUCAACCACCAGCAGUAGUUGCACCGAGUGUGCAGCCUCGAAAUCAUGCAGUGGCAUGGUCCCACCGGCAGUCCGUUGUCAUGAUCUCUCAGUCGAACAUGUCCGCAUGGACUCCGUCAACUUGCGAGUCAGCUUGUUUUUUUCGUGUGAAGUCCACUCAGCUUCGAACCACGGCGGAUGGGUACAGCCACACACCGGCGUUUCGUUUCCACGCAAACGCGCAACAUCGUCUCGAUCGUUGUCUGUUGUAUGCAUACAAUGCCUACAAACCCUUAAGAAUCUCCAAAAUCCCCGAGCCGUGGUUGAUUCAGGAAAACAGCAAUUACGAAAGCCCCUCCCGGGUUAACAUCAACCUUUGACCCGCCUUCCCUUUCUCCUCCCCUUGCCUUAUCACUGUCGCCACCUACAACCACAGCGCGUUCAACGGCGCC